AUGACCGGCAAGCUGUUGCAGAAGCACCCGAACUUUCCGAAGGAAAUGACCUUGCUAAAGAGCUUCGACACGAUCAAGGACAUCUCCCAGAAAACCUUUGAGAAUUCCGCCGAGUUCCAGAUGGAGGCAGAGAAUGUGGAUGAAGAAGACAUGCAUGAUGCAAUGGAGGCCUUAAUGGACCAAGAGAUGCCGCAGGCGCCUACAGAUGGCAAUGUGCCACCGCCGAACCCCAAACCCCGCGAGCCGAAGAAGGCAAAGAAGGAGAAGACUUGGAGGGACAAAGCCCAGGAUGCUGAUAAGCGGGCGAACAAGGAGAUCAUUGAGUAUGAAGGCUUCAAGCAGGCCAGCCACAUGAAGGCGGCCAUCAUGGCCGAUGUGGACCCCGCGAAGUGCGACCUGGAGAAGGUUAAGACUAAGGUUGCGAUUGCCAUCGGCCAGAAGCUUCCGGAAGAUUCGAUGAAGAGCGAGCCUCGUGCAACUGCUGCAGCCGCCGAUGCCAUAAACAGAAACCUCGGGAUCGAGCUGGAGUCUGAUGGCGAUGAAAGUUCUGAGGAGAAUGUUGCACUGGCUACUCACAUGUGCGAUCCCCGGUUCAAGUCGCUGGGCGAAGGUCGGCAGAGUGCCAAAGCCAUCGUGGAAAAUGCUUAUGCGGCUGUCCAGGACCAAAGGGAAGCUGGAAACGAGAAUGUGAGUCCCGUCACCGCCCGGGUCGCAAAGAUGUACAACCACAAGCGGCGGUAUUGGAAUCACUUCAGAUCCCGUGGUGUGGGCUGGGCCGUCCGGCAUCCUGCUGACGAGCACUGCAUUCCCAUCUCUGUCUAUGGGGACGAGGCUCAGUUCACGAAGCAGGGAGAUUCGUUUCUCGCACUGAUGUUCACUUUCACCCUGCACAAAUGCAAAGGCGAGCCAUGGAAGAAGAACUUUACAUACUUUGUUGUGAACUCCUUCUACUGUGCUGGCGAGGAGAAAUUUGUGACGGUUGCCACGGGAGAAGCCAUGCAGGAUCAGCCCAGUGAUCUGGCGCACGCCGGAGUUGCACUCUCCCACAUGCUCAGGCUGCAAGGUCGGAUGCCAUCCAAGUUACACAUUGAUUCGCACACGGGGCACGCCUUCAAUGACCUUGCGGAUUGCGUGGCAAAGCAUUUCGCACACUCCUCCGAUGACAGUAUGGUGCCGACCAGCUUGGUCCUCUCCAGUAGCCAGGCCGUGCUCCCAUGGCUUGCAUUUGCUUCCAAUAUGUGUCGCGAGCUGCCCCACAUUCAGGAAGAUGGCAUUCUUGCAGCUGGCCCCAGCCAAGACCGCCCUACGCCGAUCACCCUUGCUCAAUGUCACCAGUUCACUACCGAGCAACCGGCGCAACUGACCAAGGUUGACAUGCGCAUCGCUACGUACAACUGCUUGACGGUUGCUACUGUCUUGCAGCGCGAAAGCCUGGAUGCGCAAUUCGACGCGGCUGGCCUCUGUGUUGUGGGUUUGCAGGAAACUCGCGCCCCCAUCAAAGGCAGAAGCGCCACCGCACGCUUCCACGUCCUUGCUAGCGAAGCACAAGCCGGCCAAGACGGCUGUCAGGUGUGGCUGUCAAAAACAGUGCCGGUGGCCCACGAUAACAAGGGGGCGAUAUACUGGGACCCAGGCACAUUCGCAAUUGUAUGGGCCACCCCCAGGGUGCUUGUUGUCACCGCUAGAGCUGCUUCCCUCAAGUUUGCAUUCAUUUCAGCUCACGCCCUCACGUCCAAAGCCUCUGAACAGGCCUGCAGGGCCUGGUGGAGUGAAUUGCAAUCAGCCCUUCGCAGAGCUCCGUCCGACCACUUCCCGGUAUUGAUGGUAGACGCGAACGCACACUUUGCAUGGCAACGGACGCCUCCGGCACUUCCCAACGCCCUCAACUCCAAUGCCGAGGCUUUUUCCCAACUCUUGGAUGAGCAGCAGCUCGUUGCCUCUGCCAACGUUACCCCCGCUGGGGAUAGAGUCGAAAGUUGGAUCGGACCGCUGCAGCAGCCCAAAUGCUUAGACUUUAUCGCCUGCCCAGCCUCCAUACACUCCGGACUACUAGUUCAGGGCUGCUUGGUCGACUUCCGGGGACAAAGCGAUUUCGACCAUCGACCAGUGACCGUCCGGAUCCGUUUCCGAAGACAUGCCCGACGACAGUAUGCCCGACCCAGGCUAGAUACUAAAGCAAUGCUCACGCCCGCAGGGCGGGCGCGGCUCCGACAGAUUUAUGACUGCCUUCCUCACUUUCCGUGGCACCUACCAGUUGAUCAGCAUCUCCGUGCCCUCAAUGAACACCUCAUGAAGGCCCUUCUCAAGGCCUUCCCAGCUCAGAACCAGGGACCACGCUCGCCUGUUAUACAGGCAUCGACCUGGCAGCUUGUAUGUGAUCGCCGCAGUUUGAGACGAGACCUUCAUGCCCUGAGCCUGCAACGCCGUCAACGGCUGUUAGCCAAUGUGUUCGGAGCUUGGGCCCAUCGCACAACCUCGACUGACACAGCCAUGGACAUGUACGAGGCACUCCUGGUCACCCAGCUACGUGACCUGUCCGUGCUUAUCCGCCGACAGACUCGGGCUGAUGCGACUGAGGCGGCGCGCCUGCUCAUCAAAGAGGCCAGAACACAAGGCCCUGAACAGCUUUACCGGGCCUUCCGAAGCGUGCUGAGACAAGGAAGAAGAUACCGACCGCCUGCCUUGUGCCCCAGUAUUGAGGGAGCUGACGGCCACAGCAGCGAUCCGUACCUCAAGCUAGGCCGCAACUUUGCCAAGGCAGAACGAGCACUCGAGUGCACGGCCGACGACAUCCAUACCAGGGCUGCCCCUGCGGCUGAUGCUUUUCUCGAGGUCGAUCCCGGCCUGUCCUUAUCUGCCCUGGCGCAUGGAUACGGCAAUUUGCAGUCACGGCGGGCCGCCGGAGUCUCAGGCAUACCUCCGGAAGCACUCAGCGGCGACGCGCUUGGCGCGGCAAUGGCUCACUUCCCGCUGCUGCUCAAGACACAGGCCCAUGGUACGGCGCCGGCCUUGUGGAGGGGGGGGCGAGCGGUUGCCAUACCGAAACCUUCCAAAAAUCCCAGCACCCUCGAAGGGUGGCGGAGCAUCAUCCUGCAUGAGGCGUCCAUGAAGGGCGUCUGCAAGGCUCUGCGAGCUCCACUGGUGCAGUGCUUGGAGACCCACGCUCAGAGGGGCAAUGCGGCGGACGUCCUAAAAACCCACUCCAUGUCCCCAUGGCGUUGGCCAAAGGGUUCGCUCGCCUUGCCAGGGAUGCUGGCAUCAACUGUGCGCUUCUCUUCGUUGACUGUCGUGCUGCAUUCUAUGCCACUGCACGCCAGGCUCUACUUGGAGCCGAAGGGGGCGACACCUCUGCAUUCCUCCAGAAGCUCGCAGAUGAUCUGUAUGACAGCCCUGAGGAACGACUGGCGUUCACCACAGCUGCGCUUGGCCCAGGACUUCUACAGCAAGGUGCCGUCCCCGCACCUGUUCGUCGCGUCCUCAGCGCCAUGA